AUGAUCCUGCUCGCUGAGGAUCACCCUUCCAACCACUCCAGCUCAGCCACCCCAGAGAUCGAGCUCAAGGACCUGACUGCCUACUGGGACCUCGACAAGGAGCCUCCCCUCAAAUCAGUAAAUUUCACCUUCAAGGCGCGUACCCACUACGGGAUCCUUGGACGGAUCGGGGCGGGCAAGAGCACCCUCAUCCAAGCGAUCCUGCAGGACGUGCCUUACGUGACGGGCCGGGUGCAGGUGUCCGGGACACUGGCCUGCUUCGAGCAAGAGCCAGUGAUCAUCUCUGGCACGGUCAAGGACAACAUCCUGUUCGGCCGGGAGUUCCGGCAGGACUGGUACCAGACCGUGAUCGAGCACUGCUGCCUGAUCGAGGACCUGCAGGAACUGCCCAACAGUGACCUCACUGAGAUCGGCGAGAAGGGGGUGACGAUUUCGGGGGGCCAGAAGGCGCGAAUCAGCCUCGCCCGGGCGAUCUACCAGGACGCAGAUUUCUACCUGCUUGAUGACCCGCUAUCCGCAGUGGACGCCCGGGUGGCCAAGCGCAUCUUCGAGGGAGUGGUGGGAGGACUGCUCGAGGACAAAGGCGUGUUGCUGGUGACCCAUCUCGAGCAGUACGCCCGGAAGAUGGACCACGUGCUGCUGAUCGACCAGGGGCUGAAGAGGUACUUCGUGCUGAUCGGCAUGAUCAUCCUGCUGCAACUAACCACAUUCUACCUCAAAUACCUGACGAUCAACAGGCUGAUCUGCCUCAACAACAGGGGGCUGUACGCCGACAUGGCCGUCGGCUUGGCGUUUAUCGACACCUUGGAGAGCGUGGUUCUGCUGCUGUCGAUCUGCGUCAAUGUGUUUGUGAUCACGCCGAUCUUCAUCGUGCCCUGCGCGGUACUGAUCGUGGUGGUGAUCCUACUCUACUGGCAGAGCAAGCCCCUCAUCGUGGCCUUCAAGGACCAGGAGCUGCGCACGAAGAGCCACCUCUACGACGAAAUCAGCAAUUCAGUGGCGGCGAUGCGACAGGUGCAGCUGCUGGGACAGCAACAGCACUUCAUUUCGCGGCUGUUCGGCUCUCUGGAGGUGACCACCCGUGCGAACAACGCCUACUGGUUCAUCACUCGAGUGUUCACCUUCUACAUGAACGUGUUCAGCAACAUCAACUAUUCGUUCGGACUGCUGCUGGGCAUCCCGUUCAACUCGGACCAGCCGCCGACCGUGCCUGCUAAGCCGGUCUCUCAAGACUGCGCUAUACGCUUCUUGAACGUGUCUCUGAAGUACCGGCCUGAGCUGGACCCUUCGCUCCAGCAGGUCAGCUUUGACAUCCGCCGGGGUGAAAAGCUAGCGAUCGUCGGGCGCACUGGCGCAGGCAAAUCGUCGAUUUUCCAGUGUCUGUUCCGGCUGACCGAGGUUGAGCCAGAGGGGGCGAUCUACCUGGAGGGGCAGGACAUCCGGACCCUCCCUUUGAAAGACCUGAGGAUGAACUUCGGGUUGAUCCCUCAAAGCCCUUUCCUGUUCAACGGCACCAUCCGCGAGAACCUAGACCUCUUCAGCGAGCACACCGACUCUGAAAUCGCAGAGGCGCUCAGGCUGUCGGGCCUAGAGGAGUAUGUCCUUGGCCUGGCUGAAAAAACCAACACUGAGAUCAAGUCUGCCCAGGACUUGUUCUCGCUCGGGCAAAAGCAGCUGGUCUGCCUGGCCCGCUGCCUCCUGAAAAAGGCCUCCUUUCUGCUCCUGGACUAAGCCACUGCCAGCGUCGACCCUGUUACCGAUGAGUUCAUUCAGCGCAGUCUCAAAAAGGACUUUCAUGACUGCACCAUCCUGACGAUCGCACAUCGACUGCGCACCAUCGCGGACUAUGACCGUGUGGUGGUGCUCGACCACGGCCGAGUGGCCGAGUCCGGCACGCCCCUCCAUCUGAUGUCCUCUGACCGAAGAGCGUCGACAAGCCCGGCAUCUUCGCCCAAAUGUCUGGCCGGACCGGGCGAGUACUACCCCAUGGCCUGGCUCGCUAUGUGGUCAUGA